AUGGCAAUCGCCGGGCAGUGCUCCUCCUGCUACUAUACGUCACCCACGCUGCAGUUCCAGCUCCACCGACGGCACGGCCACCUGCCGCAGCAGCCCCAAGCCGCACGAAGAGCGCGGUGGCCGAGGUUGCAGGUGGCCGCAGUUGCCGGCGGCGGGUCCAUCAAGGCGGCCACGGACGCCGAGUUCUUCCAGCCCUCCGACACCAGGCCCAUCAUGCUCUUCGACGGCGUCUGCAACCUCUGCAACGGGGGCGUCCGGUUCGUGCGGGAGCACGACCCCAACAGGAGCAUCAGGUACGUGCCGCUGCAGAGCGAGUCCGGAAGGAAGCUCCUGCAGAGGUCAGGGAGGUCCCCUGACGACAUCUCCAGUGUUGUUCUCGUCGAGAAAGACAGGUCUUUCAUCAAGUCUGAAGCAGUGCUGAGGAUAAUGGAGUACCUCAACCUGCCCUUCCCGCAGCUUGCCAUCUUCCUCAACUUUUUCCCUCUGUUCUUGAGGGACUUCAUGUACGAUAAUGUUGCGAACAACAGGUACGCCAUGUUUGGCCGCUCCGAAACAGAAGCAUGUGAGAUACUGUAA